AUCGUUUAAAAUUAGGCUUCCACAUCUAAAGGUAAUAGAAGCAUGGGCCACCGAAUGGUUUGGCUCCUCCUUGCAUUCGCAUUCCUGUAUGUGGGAUUUGCCUGGGAUCAAGAGGCGAAGUGUGAUAAGAAGCCGACGGUGACGGGAACGUGUAAGGACUACAAAAUCAAGUGGUUCUACUCCAAAAGCCUCAAGGAGUGCAUUAUGUUUCACUGGGGCGGUUGCGACCCAACGGAGAAUAUGUUCGAUUCCGGAAGCGAUUGUGAAACUCAGUGCAUGGGCUUAGGUGAGGUAAAGUACGACCCUAAAUCGUAGUUACGACCUCUGCGCUGCCAAAGUUAUCAAAACCAACGACAAAUUCGAUGGAAAUCUAAAAUGAAUUUAAAUUCAGAGUACGUA